GGGCGAAGAAAGGGAGAGUUGUGGAUCCAGAGCUUCUUCAACUCUUCUUGAAUGCAUACUUCCUCCCCACACUUCCAUCGAUUGCAUCUCUAUUACAUGAACAUAUCAUAGUACUAAUUUACAUAUAAUAAUUCAUAUGCAUGACUUCCCAUGCAUGAAACUUAAUUAACUAGUCGUCGCAAUACUUGUACUUAAGUCUAGUUAACUUGUAGUGGACUAAAAGCUCACACCUCUCUCUCUCUCUCUCUCUCUCUCUCUCUCUCUCUCUCUCUCUCUCUCUCUCACUAUAUAAAAAUCUCUCCCAUCCCAAGCCUCUUCUGUAUAGCAGCACAUCAUUGUCUCAAGAAAACCACAGAAAAGAUGGAGAAAUAUGAAGUAGUGAAGGAUAUUGGAUCUGGCAACUUUGGUGUGGCCAGGCUGAUGAGACACAAGGAAACCAAAGAGCUGGUGGCCAUGAAAUAUAUUGAGCGUGGUCACAAGAUUGAUGAAAAUGUGGCCCGAGAGAUCAUAAAUCAUCGAUCACUUCGACACCCGAAUAUCAUCCGUUUCAAGGAGGUGCUUUUGACUCCAACCCAUCUGGCAAUUGUGAUGGAGUAUGCUUCUGGUGGUGAGUUGUUUGACAGAAUCUGCACUGCUGGUAGAUUCAGUGAACACGAGGCUAGGUACUUCUUUCAGCAACUAAUUUCCGGGGUCUCUUUCUGUCAUGCAAUGCAAAUAUGUCACAGAGAUCUGAAGCUGGAGAACACACUGCUGGAUGGCAGUCCUGCGCCUCGCCUUAAGAUAUGUGAUUUUGGUUACUCCAAGUCAUCUUUGCUGCAUUCAAGGCCAAAGUCAACUGUGGGAACUCCGGCAUAUAUUGCACCUGAGGUUCUCUCCCGUCAUGAAUACGACGGCAAGUUGGCUGAUGUAUGGUCCUGUGGAGUGACUCUUUAUGUUAUGUUGGUGGGAGCAUACCCUUUUGAAGAUCCUGAUGAUCCGAAAAAUUUCAGAAAAACAAUUCAGCGGAUAAUGGCCACUCAGUACAAAAUACCCGACUACGUUCACAUUUCUCAGGAUUGCAGGCACCUUCUUUCUCGCAUAUUUGUUGCAAGUUCUUCCAGGAGGAUUACAAUCAAAGAAAUCAAGAGUCAUCCAUGGUUUCUCAAGAAUCUGCCAAAGGAGUUAACAGACACGGCUCAAGCCAGCUACUACAGAAGAGACGUUGCCCCGAGCAGCAUCUCCCUCCAAACCAUCGACGACAUAAUGAAAAUUGUAGGAGAAGCGAGGAAUCCCCCUCCAGCUUCGAGGUCUAUAGGGGGGCUUGUCUGGGGCGAAGAAGAUGAAGAGAACAAGGAGGACGAAGAGGAUUUGGAAGAGGAGGAAGACGAGGAGGAGGAUGAGUAUGACAAGAGUGUUAGACAAGUUCAUGCCAGUGGAGAAUUUUCACAACACCUAAAGCAAGAUUUAGAGUAAUGUUCUUCAUAUUGAUUUGAAAGUGUAAUGUACCUGUAAAAGAGAUGUUAUUCUGAUUCAUUGUACAAUGCUUGCUUUGUUUUGUUUGUGUAUCAUUUGAACAUCUUUUAAGACAGCUUGUAACCUAUCAUAUGUUGUGUAAUAAUUAUUCUGAAUUAUAAAGGAGAUUAUGCUGUUGCUUACA